AUUAUUAUUAUAAAAAAAAAAAGCAUCCAGGGAGGGAAACUACACUAUUAAAACUGGUUAAAGAGAAAACACAACAGAAGCAGAAGGAACAUAAUGUGAACUGUGAGUGUGCUUGACGGAAAAGCGGAGCGGAGGAUAACAUUUUAGAAGGGCUACACAAGGGUGACAGUGGGUAGAAAACUUGGAGAAAGAAAAACAACGUGGACGAGAGCAAAAAGAGAAAAGAAGGGAGAGAAAAGUCUCGUCUUGGCUGUUGUCGGUUCAGCGCCAUGAAUCAUGAGUAACGACAGUAACGGAGUUGGAGGGCUUCAGCCUCUCUGGAACAUCAAUGGCUCAUUGCUCAACCAAACGACUGACCUGUUCUCCAACACAUCGUGCAACAUAUCCACCAAUGAUUCAACAUCUUGUUCUGCUGUUGAGAGUGGAGCGGGAACAGGAAGUCCAUACAAAGCUUUGGAGAUGUUUUUUAUUGCUAUGGUUACAGGAUCGUUGAGCUUUGUGACUGUUACAGGAAAUAUUUUAGUCAUGCUCUCCAUCAAAGUAAACCGUCACCUACAAACUGUCAAUAACUAUUUCCUGUUUUCAUUAGCAUGUGCUGACUUGAUCAUCGGUGUUUUCAGUAUGAAUUUGUAUACAGUCUACAUUAUUGUUGGCUACUGGCCACUUGGGCCGGUGGUCUGUGACUUGUGGCUAGCUUUAGAUUAUGUUGUGUCAAACGCCUCUGUGAUGAAUCUGUUAAUUAUCAGCUUCGAUCGCUAUUUCUGUGUGACCAAACCCCUUACGUAUCCGACAAGAAGGACAACUAAGAUGGCAGGAUUAAUGAUUGCAGCGGCUUGGAUCCUGUCAUUCAUCUUAUGGGCUCCUGCCAUCUUGUUCUGGCAGUUCAUCGUUGGACAGAGAACAGUGCCACCUGGAGAGUGUUAUAUUCAGUUCCUUUCUAAUCCUGCAGUGACAUUUGGAACAGCAAUAGCAGCAUUUUAUCUCCCUGUCAUUAUCAUGACAGUGUUAUACAUCCAUAUCUCCCUGGCCUCAAGGAGCAGGGUUUCCAAACACAAACCAGACAAGAAAGACAAGAAGGGAAUGAAAACUCCCUGCCUAAUGAAUAGUCACCUGUUGAAGCAGAACAACAACAAUGAGACCAGUCCUCAUGCCAGUCCCCACUCAACUCCAAAACUCAGUUUGGACUCAACCACCACUGCACUGGAUGCUGUGAAGAAUGGAAAAGUGGAUGAAUCAAAACCUGCUGAGCCUCAGCCUCUGGCACAGCCAAGACUCACACAGGAAGAAAAAGAGAGCUCCAAUGAUUCAUCCACAGCUUUUAUUCCCCCCAGAGAACCAAAGGACAAUUCCAACAACCAAAUAACAUCUGAGGUGCUAGCAAACCCCACUCCAGUACCGACAACAACCAAUUCUGCCAUCCACAAGAUCAAUCCCUCUUCAAGGUGGUCCAAGAUAAAGAUUGUGACAAAGCAGUCUGGGGAUGAAUGCAUCACAGCUUUAGAGAUCGUUCCACCUGUAGAUGGAGCCGAGAGGCAUUCAAUCCCAAUCAGCCGUCCUCGAACUGUGGCAAGAAAAUUUGCAAGCAUUGCUAGAAGCCAAGUGAGAAGGAAAAGACAGAUGGCUGCCAGAGAAAAGAAAGUAACCAAGACUAUCUUUGCCAUCCUGCUGGCUUUCAUCAUAACAUGGACACCGUAUAAUGUGAUGGUGUUGAUCUCAACCUUCUGCCAGUCCUGUGUCCCUGAUACAGUGUGGGCAAUUGGCUACUGGCUGUGUUAUGUCAACUCUACUAUCAACCCAGCUUGUUAUGCACUGUGCAAUGCCACAUUUAAAAAGACUUUCAAGAACCUGUUGCUAUGCCAAUAUAAAAAUAUAGGAACAAGAUAAGAUAGAAGGAGGAGAUUUGAGAUAGGAUGGAAGGCAAAGCUGUAAAUCAUUUCAAGAAGUUGUUGUGUGAAAGAAAAAUGAAGGAACUGAAUGAAGAAUAGCAGAACUGGGUGAUGGGUGCCUUCUGAAGAGACCAGAAACUUGGAGUAGAUUAGUAAAUGUAUUUAUUCUACAAAUGAAUGAGUGCUCCCUAUUCAUACAGUCUAAGCAAAGCGUGAGUGUAAACCAGAGAUUCUUUUAUUCUUUUACCUGUCAAGCUACCCAAAAUUGCACUGUGAGUAGAAAUUUGGUUUCACUAACACAGAAAUUAAUUUCAAAUGAAGAUGUUAGAUACUAUAAAAGGAGAGGUCAGUGAUUGGAUCUGUGUGGUGAUGCAUGAGAAUGUGGCCGAGAAAGUGGCUUUGCCUGAUCUGUGCUGUGUGUAUGUACAUAUGUAUGCAUGUAUGUAUGUAUAGCUAGAUGUAUAAAUAGACUGGUGGAUCUCUUGAAUUAUUAACAUAUCUAAGAAAGCAAUGUUAAACUAGACUCUAUUCUCUAGAGUUUGAGCUCAACCUACUGUCAGUUCUGAGUCCCUGACAUGGCAUGAGCAGUUGGCUACUGGCUGUGUUAUUAACUCUGCUAUCAAUCUGGGAUGUUACACAGCAACAGUCACAACAACACAAAAUAUCAGAUGGACGGAGAAAAGAAGAAUGGGAAGGAAGAAUAGGUAAGAAGAAAUACUGUUAUUAUUGCCAGUCACCAAGACUGAUUAAACAAAUGAAUACCAGAAAUUCAUUGAACGGUGCCUUUUAAAUGGAUGGCUACAGGAGAUUAGCAACAACAGUUUGUUCAUAUAGCAUAAAACAGAGUUUUACUUAACAUACCCAACCUGCUUAAACUAAGAUGCACCAAACCACCAGGCUUCUUUCAGAUAUGAAAGAUGUCUGCUCAGUAAAACUACUGGAAUCCAGAAAUAGCUUCCAGACUCACACUGAUAAUUUAAUACUAAACAAUGAUGCAAUUCAAUGGAGUUUUAUUUAUAUAGCACCAAAUGACAGCAACAAUCACCUCAAGGUGCUUUAUAUUGGAAGGUAAAGUAAACUCUAUGAUAAUACAGAGAAAUCUAGACAAUCAGAUGACCCCCUAUGACCGAGCACUUUGCAACAGCGAGAAGGAAAACUUCCUGUAAUAAACACGAAUAAACCUCCGUCAGAACGAGGCUCAGGAAGGGACGGCCAUCUGCCCGCUGGGGCUAUGUGAAAGUGGCAUGCUGUGAAAGAGAGACAGAGUAAUAAUAACUGAUGAUUAAAUACAGAGUGACAGAGUAAACACAUAGUGAAUGACACGGGUGAGUGAAGUAGAAACUCCCAGUGCAUCAUGGGAAUCCCCCAGCAGUCUACACCUAUUGCAGCAUAACUAAGGGAGGAUUCAGGGUCACCUGGUCCAGCCCUAACUAUAUGCUUUAGCAAAAAGGAAAGU